UUCAUCAGGGUCGUGUUAAACAGCAAAUAAGAGAUGAAGGUUAUAUUCAUAUAAAUAAUAAAAUGACAUAAUACGACAAUGAGGCAAUUUUAAUAUUGAUUUUUGUAUGUAAAUGAAUGCACUCGGCGUCUGGUGUGUGAUUGUUGUGGGCGAAUGAUGUUGAACUGCUUAUGUGAAAGUGAAAGUAAACGUACUGACGCAAGAAAACGAGAAGGUCUGAAUCGCACAGCCCGAAUCUUGAAGAGCACCAACCCAAACGGAUUCUGACCCAGAGACCCUCCAGUGUCUCCCUGAGCGACCCUGGGUUUAUGACCUCAUCUCCUAAUCAUGGCUACAGGGUCUUUAUGGCAUGCAUAUGGAGCGCUCCUUUUCCUGGACCUGAUCCUCUGGCUCUCCCUGUUUACUUCACUUCUGUGCUUUGAAGGUUCUUUGCUUGUGAACCUGACAUGGCUGUGGAUUUUCAGGGCUUUCAGCUGGUUUCUGCUUCACGCAGUGAGCUCGGUCACCCUGGACAAGACCAUGCACAAGCUUCUGAAGCCCUGGGUAGCCUUACUCAGUUUUGUACCUCCUGUAUUUGAUAUGACACAAACACUAGCUCUAGGAGGAACGUGUGGGUUUAGUCCUGUGCCUGUGCCCUGCAUGGUGGGUUUAAGUGCAGUGACUGCCACUCUGGUCCAUCUGAUGUGGGACAAGGCAUUCCCAAGUAAAAAGGUGAAGCAAGAGCAAGAGGCCCGGGUUCUUCUGAUGAGAGUUAUUCACUACUCAAAACCAGAUUACCCUCACCUAGGGACAGCCUUUAUCUUCCUCAUCUUGGCUGCGUUAUUUGAGUCAAGUAUUCCAUACUACGUGGGGAAAAUCAUUGAUGGGUUGAGUGGAGAGUACAAGCACGAUAACUUCUUGUGGGCCGUUGCAUGCAUGUCGUUUUACUCUUUUGGAAGUUCGAUGUUCUCUGGCUUGCGAGGAGGCAUGUUUAUGUGUAGCCUGAGCAGACUCAACAAGAGAAUUCGACACAUGCUGUUUCAGAACCUGAUGAAACAGGAAAUAAGCUUCUUUGAAGAAAAUAAACCAGGAAGCUUGACAUCACGGCUAGUCUCCGACACUGACAAAAUGGGCCGCUCUGUAGCCAUGAAUGUGAAUGUGCUCCUCAGGAGUCUGGUUAAGACCUGUGGCAUGCUUGUGCAGAUGCUCAGCCUGUCAUGGCAGCUUACACUCCUUACCUGUGUGGAGAUGCCUAUCCUAGGUGUUAUACAAAACUAUUACAACAAUUACUCUCAGAAAACAUCACGGGAGCUUCAGGACUGCCAGGCUGAAAUUGAGCAGCUGGCGUCUUCCACUAUCAGGUCUGUAAAGACGGUGCGGAGCUUCAGGGCUGAGGCUCAGGAGCUAAAGAGGUAUCAGGAGGCUAUGGACAAGAAGCUUCAGAUACUGAAACGCAAAGGCAUUUUCAGUGCGGCCCACCUCCUUUUGCGCAGAUGUGUAACUCUAAGCCUGAGAGUGGCGAUGCUGCUCCUUGGUCGCCGUCUCAUCUCUUCGGGCCAGCUAAGCAGUGGAAGCCUCCUGGCUUUUAUUUUAUAUCAAAAAGAUAUGCUGACCAACAUGAGGCAAUUGGUGUAUGUCUAUGGAGACAUUCUGAACACUGUGUGGUCAGCAGAAAAGGUGUUUAAGCUGCUAGAUAGAAAACCGAACGUGCAAGAAGCAGGUGAUUGGGUACCUGAGAAACUUGAUGGAAGAAUUACCUUUGAUAACGUCACCCUCUCUUACCCUGCUCGCCCUGAAUGGGAAGCACUUAAGUCUGUGAGUAUAGAGCUGAGUCCAGGGAAGAUGACAGCACUGGUCGGCCCCUCCGGUGGAGGUAAAACGUCCUGCGUCAGUCUGCUGCAGAGGUUUUAUGAGCCUCAGCGGGGCCAAGUGCUACUGGAUGGUGCACCACUUAAUGAGUACCAACACCAGUACCUGUGCAGCCAGAUGGCAGCUGUGUCCCAGAACCCAGUGCUGUUCUCUGGCUCUGUGAAAUAUAACAUUGCAUAUGGUCUGCAUGACUGCACUAUGGACAGGGUGAUUGAGGCAGCGAAGAAAGCCAAUGCACAUGACUUUAUAUGCACACUGAGUGAAGGCUAUGAGACAGAUGUUGGGGAGUGUGGUGGGCAGCUGUCUUCAGGACAGAAGCAGACUAUUGCCAUAGCCAGGGUGUUGAUCAGAAAUCCAAAAAUCCUCAUUUUGGAUGAAGCCACCAGCAACUUGGACAUCCAUACUCAGCACGCGAUUCAGGAAGUCCUUUCUGGCUCAAAGGGUCAAACAGUGCUGGUGAUCGCUCAUCGGCUACAGACUAUCGAGAGAGCCGAUCACAUCAUCCUCCUGGAAGACGGAAUGGUCAUUGAGCAAGGAACGCAUGAGCAGCUUAUGGCUGAAAGAGGACGAUAUUUCCAAUUUAGGGAAAAACUUUUUAUGGUGGAUCCUGAUGAAAACUGAGCAGAUUCAUUACUAAUACGUUAAUCUGUAAGUAUUAACUAUAUGUGAAAGAAUUUUUAACUUUUUAAAACUCACCAUUUUAACAGUAUGUUUAUGUAUUACAAUUUACACUUUCAUGCAUAAAAAAUUACAUUUAGAGCGCAGAGAUGGGUAAAUCUAAUAACCCCGCUGCCCAGGAAAAUUGGAUUAUGUGUCAGGCUAUGAAAGGGGUUUAAUUUCUGGCUAUCAAAUGUCUUGUUUGGUUGCUGCUAUAACAGUCACCAACAAUUAUCACAUCCAUUAUUUAACCAACGAAAAAUCCUUUCAUAGCAUUAGUACACAACACAUAAUUUCAUCUAGUUUUAAAUAGAACACACUCCCUUUUAUCUGUUUAGGUUUUUCCAUAGUGUUGUCAUUCAGCUUACUGCUGUAAGCGUCCUGCUUAUAUUCUAAUGACGUUUCUCAUUUUUCAAUCCCUCGGUCAUUUGUACUGAAUGUAUGAUCUACACAGAGUUCACUCAGUGCUCGUUUAUCAAUGGGAUUCCUGCAUCUCUCAGAUGUUUUACUCUUGUGUUUUUUAAAGUGUUUAAAGAAAUGGUUUUAUGGCAAUGCUGGACAGAUGUUUUUCAUAACCUUACAUCCUGCUGUCAAAGGUCCUCUCUUUUGAGGUCAUUCUGGCCAUUAAUACAGACUGUGAGAACUUCAACUUGUCUGAUAGAUAAGUGUUUUUAAAAAACAAAAACGAAACAAAUAAAAAACAGAAAUUUA